ACGCGCAACUUCCCAAAUGGGCGAGUAAUCGCGGAUUGUUCUCACUUGUUUUUCGAUAAGGUCCGCGGAUUGUUAUCAUCAAUGAGUACAGGAAAAGUACUGUUUCUAAAAGCAUGCUACAAAGUCAUUCGGAUCCUAACGUAUCAACGUUAGUUUCCCCUAGAGUCAAGGCACAGGAGAUUCCUUGUCGUGUGUUAAGCAGUGUCGAUGAAGUAAUCGAGGUUAUCAAUGAUCAAGAAAAGAAGAACUUCAAACUCGGGGUCAUCCUCUUGAUAGUCGCUAUAUGUACCUGGAUCGUCGGCCUAGAAUUAGUCAACGCCGUUUUAAAGGGGAAUGAAUUUCAAAAACCAAUCUUUUUGGCCGUCCUCACUGGAUCUUGCUUCAUCUUGAACUUCGUUCCUAAUUUGGUGUCGUGUAUUGCUAAUAUGUUGAGAUUGGCUCCUACUUCCUUCCCAAACUCUUCACCCUUACUCUCAUCUUCUGACCUAGAGAUAUACAAUCAAGUGGCUUGGAAAGCUUUCACACCCUCAACUUAUCUCGAUGCACCACAUUGCGAGUCAAAAUUUCUAAGCUUCCACGAAGUUUUGUCCUUGGCUUUUCAAAUUUCAGUGAUUUACUGUUUGUACAAUACAAUGGUGCUACUGUCUUUGCAGUACACAUCCGCAUCAAAUCAGACAAUAUUGGGAUCCACAACUACUUUUUUCACUUUGUGUUUGGGCAUUAUGAUGAAAAUUGACAGAUUCCUGGUAAAAAAGCUCGCAUGCGUCGUCAGUAGUUUAAUUGGUGUGAUUCUCAUCAAUUUGGGUGGUGAAGAUUUGAGUGGAAGCACUGAAAAUAAAUUCAAAUCUAAGAGUUCUGUUUACGGUAACUUCUUGGCUUUACUUGGGGCGUUCUUUUAUGCGUUAUACCUUAUCAGGAUGAAAACGAAGUGUGGUACGGGUCAAAAAACUACGAAUGAACGAGAGCUUUUCGGGUGGGUAGGAGUCUUCAGUCUUCUCUUUGGAAUUCCGCUCCUCAUCUUUUCGGAUUUUUUCGGUGUUGAAAAGUUUGAGAUUCCCUCGACUUAUUCAAUUCUUGUGAUGAUCUCUAUCAAUGCAAUAUUCUCCGUUGUAUCGGACUAUGUCACUAUUUUGGCCAUGCUACUCACGAGCCCACUUGUCACUAGUUUGGCCUUGACCUCCUCAAUUCCCAUCACGAUUUUUUUGGAUCUACUUAUUCUCGACAUCUCCCAAGAUACUUCACCUUCCUCGGCGUCCAGAACGUUAAUGUAUGGCUUUGGUGUCUUGUGCAUUUUGGUAUCUGUUAUUUUGAUAAACAUUAAUAUCACUUCAGAGAAUGAGUUGAUUGAAGAGGUGAUAGAGGAAACUCUUGAAGCUGCGAUACAAGAUGAUGAAAUAUUGAGCCCAAUUCUUUCACCCUAUUUGGCUUCAUCAUCGGCGCAGGCAAUGUUUGGUAAUGAUGUUGGAAUUCGUUCUUUGAUGUCACCCAAGCUUGGAUGGCGAGGUAAGAGACAAAUAUCAGAGUUGACUCAACUUAAGGAAGUAUCGAAUUUCUCCCUAAAUGUCAAUCCUCAAGACUCUUCCGAUGAAUCUCCAUUGCGCAACGUGAAUUAUUCUGUGCGAUCAUACAUAAAUUCAGAUUUGCUGAUUGGUGGUUCUUCAGUGCACGAAGAAUCCACCAAUCUUGUGCUAUCUGGAGGUGUAAAUCACAAGUUUGGUCUAGAAUACGCUGCGCAAAAUACAGACUAAAUAGAGACUGAAAAGUAAGUCUAUAUACAAACUUUUAUUGAGAUUUCCUGACCUUAUUUUCUACUCAUUGACUUAUGGAGAACGUGCUCUCUCAUGAACAAUGACGAGAUAUAUCCCAAAGCAAUUGUAACGGUAC